AUGGCUAUGGACAACAAGCUCCUUGGGAGCAUCGUUGCUUUCGAGGGUCGAGGAGAUACGAUAUCAACACAGCUACGACUUCUUCCGUCUUCACCACGAAUUCUUAUUCUUCCCAGUAUUCAAAGCUACGUCUCGGACGAAGGAAUGGAAGACCAACCGGACAUUCGGGCUUAUGUUAAGAAAAUACACGAAGCCGCAGUGGCUCGUCAUGAAGCUGCCCAGACCUUCCUUCAAGGAUCAAUACCAAGCAGCAAGCGACUUGUGUUUAUGAACGGUGGUACUGCAAGUGCGCAAGCCCUUUGCAUCAAGGCCAUUAUGGAUUACGAAACAGAUGGGGACUACACUCAGGCCGAGACUUUAUUCAACCAAUUAGUCAGAGAUGGAGUUGCUGGUUUGGACAACCCGGUCAGGGACUGGAGAAGGCGAAACACAUUCGAAGAUUCGGAAGAGGAUGACCUUGAUGGCGAACUCGAAGAUCCCAUAACACGGGCGAUGCGAGCUGCCGACGCCUUGGAUCGACAAACAGCCAGCCUUCAGCCCUCCAAUGAUCUGGACUUGACCCUUACACCGCGCCCUCGCAGCAAUAGCCUGCCGCUAUAUGGUUAUGAUGACAAUUUUGGGGAUGAUGCUCCAUUCUUUGUCUUUGGUGCCCAGGAUAAAGAAGCGGGUAAAAUCGCAAUCGGGGAAGCCAAGAGCUAUUUGCACUCGCCCCAGGCCUCCAAGUUUUCGGCCAGGCACUACGACCGAUCUGCCAACCGCAAUUAUCGUGGCGUCACCAACUUACAAUCCCCUUCUAUAAGGAACUUCUCUCUGGUCUCUCCAAGCUGUAUUGGUGAGUCCUACGGCUUGAAAGCAACCCCUAUAUCUCCUGGUCUGGAAGGGCUGAGCCCAAGAUCAGACGUAGCGAGCAUCCCUUCCACAGAUAACGUCGUGUAUGGCGAAGCUUCGCUACUGGAUAUGAGAUCAUCAAGCCGGGUUUCUACUUUGCCACGAAUCAAAUCCCUGGACAGAAUCUACUUGGAAACCCCUAAGUAUCGGGAUCUUUGUGUUUCCACAGCCACUACAGACCUUGAACAACAGCCAGAAUGUGACAUGGAACAAGAACUAUUUAAAAGCCAUCGUCAACCUCACACAAUGAGUAUCAACUCUAAAAAAUCUCUAUCGAACAGACGCAGCCUAAUAGGAGGUUGCAGAAUUGUUAUUGUCAAGACCAACCUUCCUAUCAUCAAAGUUGAACCAGUUCCUCUAGAGAAGAAACGCAAACCCGCAAGGGCGUCGUACGUGGACAGAGGUACCGAUGCCGAAACGACUCCUGAGCCAACACAGACUUUCCAACCAGUAUUAUCCCUAACAGAGGAUCUUGUCGUACACCUGAAAGAAGAUGUGCCUGAUCCUAUUCUCAAAUCCGUCAUUCAUGGGCUCAGGCUGGGUCAUUUCCCUGUUGCCAUUCAAUCACCUGCUUCUAUGGCCGACAAGCGCAAUGGUUUGGUUCCAGAAACACCCAAGUUUGAGACUAUCGCAAACGUGGAAGAGCAGUACAAGAGACCAUCUGCGGCUGGCCAAUACAACUACCCGGAUGAAUAUGACCCCUUUUCAUACGAGCCUACAUGGUCCAGGAAAAAGCCCCUUCCGAGCUUGCCAAAGCUCAAUGUCGAACGGCCGCCGACACCAGUGCAGACUCCUCCGCCCCUGGUUCCGGAGUUCGAUAGCAUGAUCCACGACCUUCAUAUCAACAGCCAGCAAACAGCCAUUACAGUGCAAAACUCGCUCCGCUCUGUUCUCCAAGAUCAUAUCCCCCCAGAGAUUGAAGGACAUGGCCAAUUUCAAUUCCCCCUUCUACCCGAGCUUGAAGGACUCUGGAAGCCAGUCUUUUGGGAGACCAACCCUGGCAGUGAUCAUGCAUGUGGUCGUCGAGUUGACCAGAUCUUGGCCUUUGGAUCUCAGCGUGGUGUGAAAAGGGACUUUGCUUCUACCAUUGCCGGGCAACUUGAGAAGUUGGGAUCCAAAGUAAGCGGCAUGAGUCGUAGCGGACGAUUGGACUUCAGAUACCUUCUUGCCAAUGCCAUGCAGACCUAUACCGCCCAGCCUUUGACCAGCCAGACCCAAGAGAACCCUUUCACCAACUCGUUCCUUUUGGCAACACUUAUUGUCCCGCACCUUGAAACAUAUCUUGCUCUCCACACAGAAGUUAGAUUUCUUCUCCUCGAGUAUCCGCCUGAACAUCUCUCGACAGUAUUGGCUCUCCAGAAACUUGUCGGGGUGGAGAUGAUGAAGGUGGCUCAGGUUGUUGACGCCAGCAACAAGAAUAUGCCCUUCACUCACCUACGUGGAAAUUCCAUCACUGGCCCGGAACAAGGACCCAUAGGUCGAUUUGGGAAGACUUUCCCGCUCAACUCCGGCUCCGGAUACGACAUCACAGUAUCUAAGGCCAAUUUUCUACUCACCUCAAAUGCAAGCGAUGUGGAGAUUACAACGUUUAUUGGUACCAUAUCGAAGAUACUGUCCAAAAUUUCCGAUUUCUACAUUCCUGAAGAGCUUCCAAGAAAGCCAUCCCCAAAGAAGCCUAAGACGCCGUCCGUUACCGGCACAUUCUCUCCUUUCCCGCGUGUAUCGUCAGCCCCUUAUAGUCCGCCCAUGUCACCGACAGCUGGUGCUACGUUGGGAGCAACCUUUUCAGGAACAUCUGCAAACCUGAGUCGGGCCCCUUCAAUUGCGGAGACCGUGAAAACAGUCAAGUCCACUUGGAGCAAACAAAGUCGGACCAAAUCAAAGCGAAAGCCCUCAACAGCAGACACUCGAUCCAUCCUUACCAUGUAUGUCGAUGACAGUGAUUGGGAUCAAGAAGACCGGCGAAUUAUGCCACUCCUGGAAAGAAAACCAGAUGGGUGCAAAGCCAAUACUCAUAAAGCACUAAAGUUCCUCGGUCUGUCAUAA